AUGGCCGAGCAGCCCACUGCCACGCUCCGUCGGGAGCUCGCCGAGCUGGACGAUCGCCGCAAGGCGAUGGAGGCGGAGAUGGAAGGCAUCAGCGAGGCGCUGCGCGCCAGCAACAUGGGCGGCGUCGCCGGCGCUCUCGUCGACCGCGACGGCUUUCCAC